ACGUAUUAUUUAAAAAAGAAAAAAUAAAAACAGAGAUUCUGAAUCCAUUGAAGGAAGCAAGGGGUGUCGAACUUGAUAGAGAAAGAAACAUCAUCACUCCAUAACAGAGCUCGGAUAAAAUUAAAUAAAAUUAAAAGAAGAAAAAAGAAGCGCAUAGGAAGGGAGAGUAGAAGUUGAUUGUUUACGCUUGUCACGCUCUCCUCUUUCUAUUUCUAUUUCCAUUUCCAUAUUCGGACUAUGCCCUUUUCCUUCUGUUCUCUCUCUCUUUUUCUUUUUUAUUUCAUUUUUAUCUAUUAUCACUCUUACUGCAAAUCUUCAAUUCAUUUUCUGGUAUGGCGUUUGAUCAAAAUUCCGUAACAAAAGAUCUGCGUCCGCUGAAUGUAGCUACGAACUUGGCUAUGGCGGAGGAGCACUUCGUUUCACCGCCGACCACCGCCACAGCCACCACACCUCCCACCCCCAAUUCGGGUCGUGAAAUGGGAAGCCCCGGCACGCCGCAGGUACCUCUUUUCUACUCACCUACAGUCUCUGACGGCGCCACCCUCGUUGGAUUGAGCUACGGGAAUGUGCCCUCCACCGCUGGCACUACGUGGUGUUUACGUCCCGCCAUGUCCAUUGCCCAUCCCAAUGCGAACCCUGCCAUUGGGUAUAAUUAUGGUCAUAGUUGUUGUAAUAGGGUUGCACCUGGCAAUGCUACUUUGAAUUUGGGGAACUGGGUGGGGACUAAUGGCGCAAUGGAUAAGGCUUGUAAUGAUGCUGGUAAUGGUUUUCCUGCCUACGGUGGUCUUAGGAUUAACAGGGUCGUUGCCAACGCCACUGAUCAGGCUACUUAUGGCCAUACUGCUGGCCACCGGGCUGAUCAUGUUGUUGAGGAUGGUGGCGGUAGUGGUGGCGGCGUCGAUGAAUCUGUUUCUGGGAGGAAAGUGAAGUUCUUGUGCAGCUUUGGCGGGAGGAUUUUGCCGAGGCCUAGUGAUGGCAUGUUGAGAUAUGUUGGAGGGAAGACUAGGAUUAUUAGUGUUAGGAGAGAUGUGAGAUUCAAUGAUUUGAUGCAGAAGAUGGUUGAUACUUAUGGGCAGCCUGUGGUUAUAAAGUAUCAGCUCCCUGAGGAGGAGCUUGAUGCACUGGUCUCAGUUUCGUGCCCCGAUGAUGUUGAGCAUAUGAUGGAGGAGUAUGAAAAGUUGAUGGAGAGGUCCCCUGACGGCUCUGCUAAAUUGAGGGUUUUCCUUUUUUCUGCUGCUGAUCUUGAAAUCUCCGGCGGGAUGCACUUUGCAGACUUGCAGGAUAGUGGUCAGAGAUAUGUCGAGGCCGUGAAUGGAAUUGCAGAUGAUGUUAGUAUUGGAAUCACUAGGAAGGAGAGCGUUACAAGUGCAGCAUCAACUCAGAAUUCUGAUUUGAGUGGCUCGGAGACCCUUGAUAGUUUAAUUUCUGGUGAUGUAAGUGCAGUGCCUAAGGGAAAUGUAGCAGCUUCUUCUGACACUCCUUCAAAUUUGAUGGCUUCUGAUGCCAGUGGAGCUUCUGCAGUUUUGAUGGGCAUGUCGGCUGCUAGGACUCCAACCCACGCACCAUAUUUCCAUAAUGAGGUCGACCUAGAGAGGUCUAUACCUGCUACAAUGUCUCAGCAGCCAGUUGGGUUGCAGCAAAGUGGAAUGGAAGUUCCAUAUUCUUCACCUUAUUUACAGCCCUUUUUUGAUUUGCGCCAGGAAGUUAUGAAUUAUGCAGAUUAUGUCCAGAUGCCUCCACAGACAGGGUUUCGAAAUGCUCAGCUUCUAGGGAAGACAGGGCAAGUCUUCACUCAACCACAGUUUCAUGAUAACAAUCCAGGUUCAGCAUCUCAUCAGGUCAUUCCUGGCAUGCAAAUGACAUUUACUCAACAAGGCAUGCCUUCUCAUGUUGGUGUGAGGUCAAAUGUCGUCCAACCACAACCUGUGAUGCAACUGCAGCAAAAUCGUUCAGAGCAGUAUAAUGAUGAAAAUACAUCAGGGAUGAGAAUUUUCCAGCUUCCCACUGAGCAAGGCUACAACACUUACCAGGUUCCAAUGAAUCGAGUCCCUUCUGUCAUCGUUGGAGGUAAUUAUGGCUGGGUUCAGGUUCCUUCACAAGAUCAAGUUGUUUACUCUGAUGGGUUAUUACCCCAACAACAGGUGAUGGUCCCUGAGAAAAGCCAAAGAGUGGAGGACUGUUCAUUAUGCCAAACAAAACUGCCUCAUGCACAUUCCGAUUCAGUGGUUCAAGAUCAACGUAUUAAUGGUGCAGGAUCAAUUCCUGAUUCAGUCCCAGCUUAUCAUAGUCUCCCCAUGGAGGACAACUCAAGAGCUCAAGCUACAAACAAUGUUAUGUCGAGGGAAGGUAUUGCUGAACAAGUGUCCCAGGCCAAACCACAGGUUAUUAGAAAACCAGAGUCCCCAGAUGGACUAACUUGUACUGAAAAAACUGCACCUCCUCAAAAUCUUGAGCCACAACCUGAGGGAGUUAGGAUUUUUACGCAAAAGCUAGAUGGUUCUGAUUAUCCCAGAAAUUCAACUAUGUACGAAACCAUUGGAAGGACAGGGGGGAAACAAUCUCCAACACUGUCUCCAAUUGAUGGGCUCAUGGGAAGUUCCCCACUAUCUUAUAUUGAUGAUGUUGCCCACCGGCAUAUGUCUCCAGUUGAACACUCGGGUAAACAGGAUGUGCUUGUGAAUAAAACUGGCCAUAACAAUAUUUCUACAGUUGAUGGGACAGCUACACAAACUUCAGAAUGCAUGGCCCAAGGAUCUCCAAAAGAAUAUACUACUGAGCUUUCUGGUGUUGUACCAAAGUCAGAGUUGGUGGAUAAGAUUACACAGGACCAUCUGAAACCUAUUGAUGGGAGGAUGGACACCCUCAACGUAUGCAUUCCUGAAGUUCAUGUGAGUAAUGAUCGCUGCUUUCAGCCGGUUGAUAAAUCUAGCGGGAUUGCUAGGGUUCCUAGUAUGCUGCCUUCUUCUACAGAAAUUUUGUAUGCCCAUAAUUCUAGGCCAGGGGAAUACAAUGAGGUUGCACAACAUAGCAAACCACCACAAGGAUGAAACAACUUCAUCAAUAUCACAAUCUGUAAGGUUUGGAGAUAUUCAGGAUUCGACAAACUCACUUUUCAGCAAUCAAGAUCCUUGGAAUAUACAGCAUGGUACCUUCUUUCCAAUUGCUAGACCUAACAAAGCUGUUUUGAAGAAAGAAACCUAUUCUCAUGGGCAUGACUUUGGUGAGUUUCCAGGCAACUCUGGCGAACAAAAUUUAGGAGCACAAUUUGAUGAUGGCCUCUACCAGUCUUUGAAACAAUUUACCUUUAGAACAUGUUCGAUCUGCCAAAGGUAUNAACAACUACAAGCUGUUGCUGAAGAUGUAGCAGCUUCUGUUCUGCACUCAAGAAUUCCUUCAAAUCCUGACUUGCAUGCAAGGGACAAUAUGUACCUUGAAAACACAGAGGAUGGUGAAGAUAAAAACAAUCUGAUAGAUGUUGCUGAAACUCAGAGCAUCAAGAGCAAGCAACCAGAAACGACAAAUUUUGGCUUUCCAGCAUCAGAUGUUGGAGGAUUGCAGGUAAUAAAGAACUGUGACCUUGAAGAGCUUACAGAACUAGGAUCUGGUACAUUUGGGACUGUGUAUCAUGGAAAAUGGAGAGGCACUGAUGUUGCAAUCAAGCGGAUUACUGAUAGGUGUUUUGCAGGAAAGCCUUCAGAGCAAGAGCGAAUGAGAGCUGACUUCUGGAAUGAGGCAAUCAAGCUUGCUGACUUGCACCACCCAAAUGUGGUGGCAUUCUAUGGUGUUGUCCUUGAUGGCCCAGGAGGUUCUGUGGCAACAGUAACUGAAUAUAUGGUUAAUGGUUCUCUAAGAACUGCCUUGCUGAAGAAUGGGAGGAACCUUGACAAGCGCAAGCGACUCUUGAUUGCAAUGGAUGUGGCCUUUGGUAUGGAGUACCUGCAUGGAAAAAACAUAGUUCACUUUGACUUGAAAAGUGACAACUUGCUUGUGAAUCUCCGAGAUCCCCACCGCCCAAUAUGCAAGGUUGGUGACUUGGGUCUUUCCAAAGUGAAGCGUCAGACGCUGAUCUCUGGUGGUGUGAGAGGAACUCUACCUUGGAUGGCUCCGGAGCUGCUGAAUGGGAGCAGUAGCCUUGUUUCGGAGAAGGUUGAUGUUUUCUCAUUUGGUAUUGUGAUGUGGGAACUCUUAACUGGAGAAGAGCCAUACGCUGAUUUGCAUUAUGGUGCCAUUAUAGGUGGUAUUGUGAGCAACACUUUGCGCCCUCCAGUUCCGGAAUCUUGCGAUUCAAAAUGGAGGUUGCUGAUGGAGACUUGCUGGUCCUCAGAACCAUCGGAGAGACCUAGCUUCACUGAGAUUGCCAAUGAAUUGCGAUCCAUGGCGACCAAGAUCACUGCCAAAGGUCAAACCCAACAGCAGCAGCAACCCUCUUCCUUGCAGAGCCAAGUGCAGAAAUGACUUCUUCUCGAUUUCUCUGGUUUGUGUUCCAUCCAAUUAUUUAACUCUGUCAACGCAUCGUGUGCAAUACUUAUUGAUAGGGAAGGUUUUGUUGGUUCAAGGAGUUGAUACACCAAUCCUGUUAGGGGCUAUCAGGCAUUUAGCUAUAUUGCACUUUUAUCUUACUACAUGAUACAACUCUUUAAGGGGAACAAUAUAGAAUUAUUCAUUUCUAUUUGGAAAAAGAAAAAUAUAUGUUCACACUUUGAUAGGGCUUGUAAAUACGGAUACUGUAAAGACUUGAACAUUUUUAAACCAUCGGUAUUAUUUCUUUUAAUUAAUUACUACUCCUUUUAA